AUGGCCCUUGUUCGAGCGCUGAGGCUGCUUGCUGUUGGGUCGCUCAUCGUAACGUCAGUCGCAAAGCCCGUUAACCCGCGAUUCGAGAAUGGCGACGACGACGAUACGCCGCUGCCCCUGGUCGUUUGGCAUGGUCUCGGCGACAGCUACCAAGCCGAUGGGAUGCGCCGCGUAGCCGAGCUCGCCGACGAAGUUAACCCCGGGACGCUCGUCUACCCAAUCCGUAUGGAUGAGAAUGAUUCUCGCGAUCGGUAUGCCUCCUUCGUGGGUAACCUCACCGACCAAGUCGCCAAAGUUUGCGACGACAUUGCCGCCCACCCGAUCCUCUCGACCGCCCCGGCGAUUGACGCGCUCGGCUUUUCCCAAGGCGGCCAGUUCCUGCGCGCCUAUGUCGAGCGCUGCAACAAACCGCCCGUGCGCAGCCUGAUCACCUUCGGUUCGCAGCACAACGGCAUCACUACCUUCCGCGAGUGCGAGCCGACCGACUGGGUGUGCAGGUUCGCCAUGGCCGUCCUCAAGGGCGACGCCUGGAGCAGGACGGUGCAGAGCAAGCUCAUCCCGGCUCAAUACUACCGCAACCCUGAAGAAUACGACCAGUACCUGGAGAACUCCAACUUCCUUGCCGACAUCAACAACGAGCGCGAGGUCAAGAACGAGGAGUACAAGAAGAACAUUGCCAAGUUGGACAACUUCGUCAUGUACAUGUUUGAGGAUGACAAGACCGUCAUCCCCAAGGAGACGGCUUGGUUCGAGGAGGUUAACGGCACCGAGAACACCCCGCUGCGCGCGCGCAAGUUGUACUCGGAGGACUGGCUUGGCCUGCGCCAGCUGGACCGCAAGGGCGGGCUCAAGUUCCGCACCGCGCCAGGCGACCACAUGAAGCUGUCUGAGGACUUGUUGAAGGAGGCGUUUGGCGACUUCUACGGCCCGUUGAACCUGCAUCCCGGGCGGUCUGAGCCGAAGCCGGUGAACGUGCAUGGCGAUGAUCUUUGA